CUGUAGUAAUAGUAAUGUUUGAUGAUACUUUAUUUGUGUUAAUAAAUGAAAUAAAUAUCUAGGUGUAUAAUAUAAACUGUGGGUGCGACUCUUUAUUAUGUUUUCAAUAGAACGGAAUUUAUUUAUACGUUUCUAAUUUUGUUUAGCACGAACUGUACGUUUAGAAGGAUAGUUAUUCAUCUGACAAACGACAAAAUGUAGUUAAGGGAUACCAAUAGAUAUAAUUAUACCUAUCAACCUUAUAGGAAAAAAAAUAUCUAUUGGUUUAUUUGACAGGGUCGUAUUAAGGACUUAAUUGCACCCCUCCGGCCAUAGACGAUUUCCCGAGGGAUCUGUUUACAGAAAAACAGCGCCAAGAAGGUGCCGUUCUAGUUCACAUAUUGGUAUCUCUGUACCUCUUUGUGGCUUUGGCGGUUGUUUGCGACAAAUAUUUCGUACCGGCCGUCGAAAAAAUAUGUCACGCUUUAAAUAUGACGGCGGAUGUUGCGGGAGCGACGUUUAUGGCGGCGGCUACGUCGGCGCCGGAAUUAUUCGUUAACGUCAUCGGAACUUUUAUUACCGAAGGUGAUAUCGGCGUCGGAACCAUUGUUGGUUCCGCCGUUUUUAACAUUUUAGCUGUUGCAGCGUGUUGUGGAAUCGGGGCCGGAAUGAGCGGUGCUCAGAUUGUACCUUUGGAUUGGUGGCCUUUGACGAGGGAUUGUCUAGCCUACGGCGUGACAGUAUCCAUUUUGAUUUGCAUCAUCCACGACGAAAGAGUCGAAUGGUACGAAGCUUUGUGUCUGGUUUUAUUAUAUACCGUUUAUAUUUUUAUAAUGUAUUUCGAUAAAUCCAUCCAGAAUUGCGUUAGAGGCAUAAUAAAUCUACCUCCAAUACCGAAAUCACGACGUAGCAGUUCAAAAGACAAUCCAGAUUCUCUCGAAAUUCGUUACAAUAUGAAAUUACCGAACGUGGAAAUACAAACGGAUAAAGAUAAAAAGCAUAACGAAAAAAUUAAAGAUACCGGAACGAAAUCGAUCGAUUUCCAAAACAAAUUUUCCGAUCCGGAGGACGGUGUUUACGUUAUCAAUUCUUCUACACACGUGAACGGUUCCUUGAAACUCCCGAUGGGAAUAGAAGAUAGAAAACCGGACGGUUAUAAAAAAGAAGAAAACGUUCUCAGUAAUCAGGAUAGGAAUCAUUCGUUAUGGAAAUGGCCCGGGGAAAAUGGAAAGUUAGCACAAAUAACGUGGAUUAUUACUUGGCCUAUUUAUCUCAUAUUUUUGUUUACGAUUCCCGAUUGCGAGACGAAGAGAUUCAAAAGAUGGUUUCCGAUAACUUUCAUGAUGUGCAUCAUCUGGAUAGGAUCGUUAUCGUACGCAGUAGCUUGGAUGAUUACGAUAAUAGGUGACACUUUGAAAAUUCCGGAUUCGGUGAUGGGUAUCACGUUCCUAGCAGCUGGUACCAGUGUACCUGAAGCCGUUUCCAGUGUAAUAGUAGCCAAACAAGGUCAUGGAUCAAUGGGUAUAAGUAAUUCCAUCGGAUCUAAUACUUUCGAUAUUCUAUUAUGUCUGGGAUUACCAUGGUUCAUCAAAGCUACCUUCAUGCCUACUAUAGCAGGAAGAUAUUGGGUUGGUAUAAAUUCGGCUGGUAUAGAAUACAGCGCCAUCUCUCUGCUAUCGACUCUACUGAUGUUGUACGUCGCGUUCGCUUUGAAUAAAUUCCAAUUGGACAAAAGAGUAGGAAGGGUGUGUUUGUUGAUGUACGCCGUGUUUUUAAUUUUGGCCAGUUUGAUCGAGUUGAACGCUUUCUUCAGGGUUAAUUUGCCCACGUGCGGACGGUGAAUUCGUCAUUAAUAAAAAAAGAAAAAAAAAAAAAAAUGCGUGAAUGUACUUUAAAAUGAGUGCGGGUGUAGAACGUUUUGAUUUGCGCCAUUAGUGUAGAUUUUUUCGCAAAAUAAAUAUUUUUUACGCGUCA